GCCCUUGAUAUCGUCGCUUUCGUCUGUUGGUCUCCGUGCCGUACGCUCAUUAUUCGACAGUAUGACGGGGCUCCGCCGCUUGCAUCAGUGUCGCGAAUCGCUUGGACUCGGCAUCCAUCGCAGCCUUGUCGAAAGCCUCUAUUGAUAGGACAAAAAGACAUCAUUUUCGCGCAGAUCUAUGGCAAAUUAGAUACUCUACACUCCAUAUGAGCUGGCGAUGAGCCCGAAACGGACGCACAAGAAAAAGCUGUUCAUUCUUUCCUCAGCGAGCGAAAGGAGAGGGAAGGACAAGCCAGAGCGACGAGCAGCAAGCUCAUCCUCUCACGAGGGCAUCGGGCGCGGUGAGAGAUGCCACGGUGAGAUGCCUUACCGUCAACAACUUUGGCUGUCAAUGGUCUAUGGGAGGGCAGAAGGCCAUGCAGCAUGGCGCUUUUUCAGCCCUUCAGGAAGCUGGUCAAAUUUCAUGGUUCUGAGUCGGGUCGAAGGCGCUCUCUGUAGUCACGGCGGUGUUGAUCGGAGAAUUGCGUGGAGUACCACGUGGCGUGCUUCUAAGUCAGGCACUCUGCUCCCCACCACAGCGCUUGGCUCGCGCCCGACUCAAUCUCCGGCCGUCUGCUGCCGAGUAAGCAAGCAGGCACGCUACCAAUUGGCCUGUGUACACGCUCUCCGUAACACAGAGCCCGACAGCCAGAGCAGCUGGCUGUUCUUGUCAAAGGCCUCUUUGCCCUGCAGGGUCGCCCUGGACGAGGAGAGGGCAGGCGGCAUAGCGCUCAUACCCUCCACACACCGGCUAAGCAGGCAAUCUUGAGGGUCCAAGCUGGAGAGAAAGAGAGCAAGCAAGCAUGGCGGCAGCAGCGGUGGCAGAUCGAGUCGGGGCCAGUCUGUCUUGGCUGAGCUCGCACGUGUGGACGCCAGGUGGCUUAGUCUUCGACGCCAGCUCGAUGCCGUUCAUGGACUCUCAGCCUGCACUGGCUUCGAGAAAC